CAUCUCUUCCAUCCGUUCACUCAUUUACUUUACCAAGUCUUCCAAAAAUAUUUCUUUCUUUGAUCCCCUUUACUGUUUUUCCCAGUCUGGCUCAAAACAUAUCAGGCUUAAAGCCUGAUUACCACAACGGUACAGUUCAAAACAUAUCUGGCUCAAAGCCUGGAUACAAAGACGUUACGGUUGAUAGAUCAUUUCUUUCGACACCGUCUCAAGCUGUUUGCUUUAAUCCUUUAACUCCUCUAUACAUUCAGACAGGGAAUUUCCCGGGGAAUACGUCUUCUUGAGAUUCAGUGCCAACAGCUCAGCAAAUGAAUAUACCAACGGUGUUGACGUCACUCCUUUUGGCUUCAGAAUAAUACACUCAGGUGGGCUUAUAGGAUAGGUGGAGCACAACACGUGGGGUGUUGAAGCAUUUAGGAAUUUAUUUAUUCAAUUUUAUAACCAGGCUAAUAAAUUAUAUUAAUAGUGUUGAAUACCUUAUAGAUUCGGGUUUCUAAAGAGUAAAAUUAUGAAGAAUAUACACUUGAAAGGACGAGAGUGCUGUACUCAAUGAAAAUCUUAUAGUCCAAUGCUUAUCUAGUUUUUCCUUAUUCCUCAACCGCUGGGAAUUAUUUGACUACUCUCAAACCCCCUACCUAAGUAGCAAUACAUUUUAUUCGUUAUAUUUAUGUAUAUAGUUUUUUUAAAAAAAAAGAACUAGAAAUUGAGGUAAUUUUUUUUAAUUUAUUACUUAAAGGAAAAUGUUAAUGAUUUAUUAAGAAAUUAUUUGUAUAUUAAUUUAAAAGCUCGUUUCUACUUAGUUCUUAUAAUCCCUUUUCCUCAAACACGUGGUACUCUCUCUCUCUCUCUCUCUCUCUCUCUCUCUCUCUCUCUCUCUCCCAACCCUGGGGAGCGGGAACCACAGGUUGGGAAAACCUGAAUACGAUCUGGAAGUAUUAACGAUUAGUUUAAAGGUAAACGCUACUGUAGUGCACACACAGAUAAUGAAUGUAUACUACUACAUUGCUCUGUGUAAAGUUCACAUUUGUAAAAAGAAAAUCAAGCACAAUUUAUAAAAAUAUAUUAAAAUACUUUGAACAAAUAACUGAGGCAUAAUCUGUAUCUAGGUCACAUGGGCUGGACUUUUAUGUUGGGGACCCCAAACUACAUUUAACAUUUUAUUCUAAAAGUACAAAGUUUGUCAAAAAUAGAUUGUAAUUGAACCUCCCAUAAACUUUGCUUUAAAAAAGUAUCUUAAAUAUUUAUGAUUUGUCUUAAUGUAAAUACGAAAAAAGUAAUAUUUUAUAGCGAUGUAAACAAACAUUUCAUUUUGCUUUAUCAAUCUGAUUGGCUUCCCCCCCCCCCUUUUUAAUAAACACAUAUUUUCAGAGCACUUCUUGUUACAUUAACGUAAUCAUAUGUAAUUUACGUGUUUUUUUUAAGGUAUGUACUACUUGUAUAGCAGCAUCAAUUUCGUCUUAACAAAACAGAGUUCGCACACUUCAAGUGUAUGUAUUCAAACUGUAACAUGUUGUUUUAUACGAUAAUUGUUUAGCCUUCACCAGCGCUGUCCUUAUUGUUUUAAUAAUAAUGGGCAUAAGUAAAAUGUGUACAAAACAAGCGGGCUGCUACGAAUGGAGGGGGAGGGGGGAAACGGAUAACACCUGCUGAGGUGAUUGUUUAACAUAUUAAGGAAAUGUGUUACCUUUAAAAUUCACACUGAGUUUCAUUUAAAAAUAAGGUGAGUGACAAUUAAACAAAAACUCUAGAUUUAAACACAAAGUGGGCGAGAUUUAAACACAAAGAGGAUUAGAUUUAAAUAAAAAGUGCGUUCGAUUUAAACACAAAGUAAGUUAGAUUCAAACACUAAGAGAGUUAGAUUUAGACAUUAGCUGGGUUAGAUUAACACAGACGUAACAAAGAUCACCACUCGAUUAUUUGACCACAAAUUGGUCUACUAUACACACAAAAAAAGGAGAGUGCAACCUUUGUGAAAUACAAGCCUAACGUACAACCACUUUAAAUGUACACCACAAUAGACCACAUGAAUCGGACAGUCCUGCAAUGUAAAAUUAUGGCAGAGACAUGCACUAUAGAAGACACGAUUUAUAUUAAUAGCAGCUGACCGAUUAUUUAAUGUACUCCAUAAAAAGUUCUGGAAAAUAUUUUAGUGUCACUUAGAUUUUUUUUUUUUUUAAUGCUGAAUAAAGAAAAAUAAUAAUUUGCUAAUUGACAUAUUAAAAAAGUUUAUUUUGACACAAGUCAUUGUAAAUCUACAGGUCCUAAGUUAUAUGCCACUAUUUUGUCAUUUAGUAUAGCACCUCAGUUUACUUGUCACGGCCAAGGAGACCCUCAGAUACUGGGGCACUUUUGAAAUCAACACACACUGGAGGACAACAGAGCCAAGAGACUUUGUUCACUGGUAAAUAGUGAUCAAGACUGUUCCCUUUAAGCUGCGCGGGUGCGCGGCCGCGCAGCAAUCUCACAGACGCAGCUUAUUUCCACUUAAAUGUGUGUUUGUGUCUGUAGGCUGUUAAAUUUUGCACACAAAAAAAUUGAUGCUGUAAAAAUUUGCACACAACUUUAUGAUUUUGCACACGAACCAACGAACCUUAGAGGGAACAUUGGUCAUCGGGGCAGCAUAAACUUUAGCAAUAGAUCAAUAGUUUAAUAGACUAAUAGAUCAAUAGACCAAAAGAUGAAUAGACCGAUACAUCGAUCAAUCAAUAGAUCAAUAGAUCAGUGUUAGAAAAAAAUUGUCUGAAAUUUGUGCAUUACAGGAUUUUUGUUUUUAAUGUAUAAAUUAUACUGACAAUUUAUUAAGCCGAAUUAAAAACACGAGAUGAUUGUUAAUUGUUUUUUCUAAUGAUUUCGAAAAUUCGUAUAAAAAUUUGAAACAUAUAUAAUUAAUUUUUUUAUUUAAAAAUAAUUAAAAAUGUAAGCAUAUGUGUUAUAAAAUUGACUCGAGCCUAGUUUACACAAGUAAAUAUCUUACAUUUAAAUAAAAUUUAAAAAAAAAAACAUUUUAGAAAAAUAAUACAUGUCUGUAUGACUUUUUAAAAUCCUUUACACUAACAUCGCUUUCGUUCGCGGGUGACUGGCUGGCAAAAUCUUCGGACGGCUAAUUGACCCACAUCCCGUCAACCGAUCGAGAUAAAAUUUGGUACAUGUAUUCGACACCGACCUGUCAUUCGAUGACAUUACAUUCUAUUAAAUUUUCAGUCCCAUCCCCAACAUUAAUCUCUAAAAAUCAGUCGUUCCUGUUUUUCAAGGGAUACUCAAAGAAAAUAUAAUGCCACUAAAUUCAUGAGCAAAGAAAUCACGAUUUCUGCGCUAAAUGAGAUUUUUAAAAAAAUAUCGCAAAGUGCGAUUGGUGCGUAAUAUUUUCUUUUGUUUUUCUGAAAUGAAAUUUUUGGUGAAAUAAAUCUGCAGGUUCACUAGAAUAGUAAUAUAAUUCAGCGGCGUGAUAACAUGGGCGGCUGUGAACCCUGGAGGUAGGGUGGCACUAAUUGGGUCUCUUAUAAAAGGCCCCACCCCCAUUGCUCAAUAUUACAUUUUAUAAAGAAUUUAUAUGGAAAAUUUAGUUUUUUUUUAGAUUUGUUAACUUUAAUUUUAAACACCUUAUUUAAUGUAAAUUCUCUACAAAUAAAUAAAAAGAAUCAUUAGAGAAUAUAUUUUUAAAAAAUAAAAGAAGUAAUUUUUUAAAUAUGGAAGGAAUAAAAUUUCAUGAAAAUAUGGUUUCCUUUAGGUUGUUAAGACAUGCAGCAGAAUAAAUUAUUCAACGGUAUUACAAAUUAGCUCUUAUUUCUUGCAAUACAGGUGGUGUGUUCCACUUACAAGCCGGUGAUCUCAUACAGGUCUGCGUGUCUGGGCGAGACAUUGUCAACUUCAAGAGCGACAGCACAUACACAGGUCUAAUAAUGCUGGCUGCUCCGGUGACGGCCACAAGUACUGUAAAAAAAUAACCAUGGGCCCCAAGCUGGAGGAGGUCCAGCUUGGGGGUCAUUUGCUUACCUCAUGCUUGUAAAUAUGUAUUUAAUAUUGAUGUUUAUAUGGGUAUCGAAAUAAAUAUCGUAAUAUUUGUGAAUAAAGAACUACUACAAGUUUCGUUAUUUACAACAAUAUUGUUGAUAUUAUUAUCAUCGUCAUUGGCGUAUCUAUCUAUGAAGGAGAAAAUGAAAUGACGUAAUGGCACAGUGGAGAAAGAUACGAUUAAAUGUAAAAGAAGAUAUGAAUACGAAAUUGAACGCAUCAAAGAAAGAAGAUGAUUAUAUGUGACACUUCAAAGCAGUUACAAUGAGUUCAUUUUAUGAAAUCGGAUAAUUUUCUGUGUAAAUUAAGCACGAUAAUUAUUGUAAAGUUAAAUUAAUUUACAUGAGUUGGUCACAAUGUGAUAGAGGAACCCUUCCUUUUUUAAUUUCAAAUAAUUUGUUAUUUCAUAUUUUUUAUUGUCUGCCGAAGAAAGCAUUUAGCCUAGUGUCCUUUUAAUUGUUGUGUCUUUGGUGUUUUUGUGUGGUUUUUUUUUGUAGUGGUCAAGCUUAAUUAUAUCUUUUUUUCCCGUUAUUUAUUUCCUUGAGAAUCUCUUUCCAUUUAAUUAUUUAACUUCGUUAUUAAGAUAAUUUAAAACAAUGAUUUUUUUAACUACAAAGUAAAAUUAAAUUAAAAAUGAACAUAAAAAUAUGAGCUAUUGGUGGAUUUCUCGAGACGUGUAUCUUCCUUGCGGCGUCAUAUCAUAACUUUCGUUUCGCCCAAUCACGCUCCACGAUAUGAGCUUAAGGUUUGACAGGAAAUCAAGCUGAACUAGCUAACUCUUUUGACAUCUGUACUGUGUAAUUAGACUAACCAUGUUAAUGUCGUCGAUAUAAUUUAUUUGAAUUCGAAACAAUGGUAGUUUACAGUUUUUUGAAGGUUCCAUUUUUAUUGAGUUAAGUUUGCUAUUAUUUUAAAGUACUUUAUUUCAAUGACAUCAAAUUCAGCCGUUCUUCUAUUUUCAAUCUGAUGAAUAUGUCGAACUAUUUAUUGCUUCAGAUUAUUUAGUUUUAAAGCCUUGCAUGAGUGUAGCAUUUGACCCCCGAGCAGGCUGCCCUACAGUUUGGCUGUCAUGCCUUGACAUUUCAAACGUGCUUAUCAAAGAAGUAUUCGAUGUAAACAUUUAAUUUAUUCACUGUAUGCAUAUUCACUUUCCUGACUUCAAACUAAACAUUUGUGGAUACAUUUUAAAAAAAAAUGUAUUAAUAAGACACGAACAAAUUGUGUCAAUAGAACAAUAUGAGUUAGCUUUAAUAAUAAUUGUACAUUAUACAGAAUUAAACGUUUCGGCACAUGCCUUCAUCAGUACAAACAAACACAACACAUUUAAAUAAGUAUAAAUUAAAUUUACAUAAUG